CAACGUAUCGAGCACUAUCGCGUUAUCGAGCGACCAGCAAGUGCAUCAUAAACAAACUGAAAAUACAGUUUUUUGAAACGAACGUUUUGUGGUUUAGAAAUUGUCUGACAUGCACUGAUGAUGUAACAGAACGCCAAAACAGCGAAUAACGCAAUCGAUGCGUGCCAAUAAUUAAGCAGCGAAAGAACCCAACGCAAGACACACACACGAAAGCACUUGAGCACUCAUACACACACUAACAAUGGCCGGCGAUAGUCAAGCGGGAAGUGGAAAUGGAAAUAGUGGGCACAGCAGUGUUAUCAGUAUCAACAAUGACGCACAGUCGGCAACCCCUGUUUCUGCUGCUCGUAAAUCAUCCGCCUCGAAGCCGUCUCCCACACAGGAAAUGCGCAUUCUAUGCUUCGAUCUAAGUUAUUACAAUCGAACAUCACAAUUCCUGCUGAGCUGUGCCGGCGUCUUCAUCCUAUACAUACUCUAUGGCUAUCUGCAGGAGCUGAUCUUCACGGUGGAGGGCUUUAAGCCCUACGGUUGGUUCCUCACACUCGUGCAGUUUGGCUAUUACAUUGGCUUUGGACUGGUGGAGCGACGCCUAGAGGCUUAUCGCUUACUUGGCGGAAAUCUGUGGAGUGUAGAGCCGGCGCCACGUUGCAUACCGCUUCGUACGUACUUUGUGCUCGCCGCCCUGACGCUGGGCACCAUGGGACUGUCGAAUUCCAGUCUCGGUUAUCUCAACUAUCCCACGCAGGUGAUAUUCAAAUGCUGCAAGCUAAUCCCGGUGCUUGUGGGCAGUAUUCUAAUCCAGGGCAAACGCUAUGGCCCUCUCGAUUUUGCUGCCGCGCUGUGUAUGUGUAUUGGCCUCGCCUGGUUUACGCUCGCCGACUCUCAGAUGACGCCCAACUUCAAUCCUUGGGGAGUGGCCAUGAUAUCGGGUGCGCUACUCUGCGAUGCAGCCAUUGGUAAUGUCCAGGAGAAGGCGAUGCGUGAGCACAAGGCGCCCAGCAGCGAGGUGGUCUUCUACUCCUACGGACUGGGCUUCGUUUAUCUGUUUGUGAUUAUGCUGCUCACCGGCAACUUCUUCAGUGGCUUUGCCUUCUGUUUAGCGCAUCCACUGGAGACCUUUGGCUAUGGCUUUCUCUUCAGCCUGUCCGGCUACUUGGGCAUACAGUUUGUACUGGCCUUAGUCAGGAGCAGCGGCGCUCCAUUGGCUGCCACGGUGACCACAGCUCGCAAGGCUGUGACCAUUGCCUUCUCCUUUGUGCUCUUCAGCAAACCCUUUACCGUGCAAUAUCUGUGGUCCGGACUUAUUGUGGUACUGGGCAUCUACCUCAAUGUCUACAGCAAAAAGAACAAAUUGACCUUCACCGAUCUGCAGCACAGACUCAGCAAGUUGAGUACGCGAUUCUCACCUCGCUCCCCGAGUCGCAAAUUUCUUAUCGAGGUCUAAUCUGUGAACAAAAACAAAUACUUCUUAAUCUUAAUCUGUUUAGUUGAAUUGGACCGUAUUGUACUAUAUACUUAUAGCUUAAGUAGAUAUAAAUCUUUUUGCAAAGAUCAUAUACAUUAUAUGCAAAUCAUAUUGUAUUUUGAUUUAUCACUGUAUUUCUCGACGCAAAAAUUACGAAUUUUUGUUUAUGAUUUUAGCUCAAAUUUCAACUCAACUGU